GGCAUUUACUGCAAACUGGAGUCCACUUGUGAGCACAUGUGGAUUAUAGGGUUGAUCAGUGAGGUCAUGCGCUUGUGAGGAGCUUCUCUGCCUCGUUUCACACGCGGACAUCCAGAACGGGCAAGGAGUCUGCUGAAGAAAGCAUGUCAGUCCGGUGACUUCAUGACACGCAUUUGACUUUUUUCUUACGCCUUGUGGGUUUGAAUUGAGUUUUUUUAAAGCAGCUCUUUAUCUAUCCGAUCCACAGGUUCCUCCGUAGAGGACUGUGUUUUUUUUGCUUCCCCUAUGUAAUGCCACGAUGAGAUUGUGACCAGCGGCUUAUCCUUUCGUAUCUCCGAUCCUCGUGAAGGGAACAUGGCUGGGGACGUCGCCUCGGGGGUCAUUUUCAAGUUGCUGCUGCCCCUCUUUCUUUUAGUAGCCAUUUCCUUUCGGUACAAUGGACUGUCCCUGGUUUAUCUCUCCUUUCUCCUCCUCGUUCCCCUGUUCCCUGAACCCACAAAUAUCACCAUGCGAGGAAACACAGGGACAUUCCUGCAAUCCAUAUGCUUUACGAGCAUCACCUUCCUGGCUUUACAAGCAGGAUUCCAAAUCACCUUCAUCUACGUCCCACGAGACGGUAAGUCACCUCAGCCGUUUCUGGAUGGAUACAACCCUUAUAAAACGUUAUCACUGAGUCUUUGCAUGGCAUUUUUAACAUUACAGCACCCUUUCAUUAGCACAGUCCCUCUUCACAGACUGAGCGAGGUGAGUGGAUGGAAUACAGUGCGUCUCCUGGCUCCAGACUUGGGGAUGUUCCUUGCUGGGGUUGUGAUAUACAGGCUGUGCAAGAAGCUGGUGAGACCCAGGCAACCCCUCACAGCCCAUGACAACGACAACAUGCAGCCUGACAACGAGGAGAUGGGACAGAUGGAUACAGAGGAAAGUGCCGAGGAGACUGAGGAGUCGACCUACAGCACCACAGAGGAGACAAAAGAGCCCGAAAACAGAAGACCAAAGUUUAUCCUGAAGAUCAUCACCUUCAUAGGAGGACUCCAAUUAUUACUUGGAGAGAUCCUGAACACAGCUGGGAAGGUUGUGGUGACGAUUCUGCUUGGAUUAGCAGGUAUAACUGUGCCCUCGCUGACGUCUGGAUUGUACUUCUUCACCUUCCUGGCCGUGGUGUCGUGGUGGUCCUGCUGCAGGACGAUCAGCCUGGUGCUCUUCAGCAGCCUGUGUGUCAUGAUGGCUAUCUUCAGCAUGGGGCACCUGGUGGGGCUCUACCUGUACCAGCUGCAGUUCUUCCAGGACCUCGUGCCUCCUCACGACAUCUACGCCAGGUUGUUUGGAAUGACAGCGUUCAUCCAGACGAACGCCUCCGAGCCCUCCAGGCUGCAGCUGCACUCUGGGGUGACCUGGCCCGUGUUUCUGAACCCCCUGGUGCUGCUGGUUCUCUACUUCACCCUCGUCGCUCUGCUCCAGAAGUGGGUCUACAUCACUGAGGAGGUGCAGAGAGCCAGCUCUCUUAUUUGGGGAAUUUUAAAUCACUUUGUCACCCUGCCAAAGUGUGACAGCAAACUCACCAACGGAGCCCACAAUCUGGGCAGGAUGAUGUGGACUUCGGGAAACGACAUGAAAAAAGUAACCAAUGUCAAGAAGUAUUUUGCCUGUGGAGAGGACAGACUUCUUACCAGCAUGGACGAGGAGAUUAGCUCACAUGAGCACGUGACGUAUGUGCCGAAUGGUAACUGUCAGGACUCGGCUGGGCUGAAUAACCAAGAGCAACAUGCUGGAGGCUUCACCCCUCCCAUAUACCUGAGCUCAGAGGAGGAUGUGGAUGAGGAGGAGAGCUCUGAGGGCGACGCAGAGACUCCCUGGAGCCGCGCGGCCGAGCCCAGGGGGCUGAUGGCAUUCGCUCAGUUCAUCAUGAAGCAGAGCUACGUCAGCGCACUCAUCGUCAUGAUGACCUGGAGCAUCACCUACAACAGCUGGCUCACCCUGGUGCUGCUGAUCUGGUCCUGUGUGAUCUGGAUGCUGCGAGACCGCCGGCGCUACGCCUUGCUCAGCUCCCCGUUCCUGGUGCUCUACGGCAACGUGCUGGUCGUCUGCAACUUCUUCACGGGGCUGACGCUGAGGCAGGACGAGCUGUUCCCAGGGAUCCCGGACCCCGUGCUCCAGGACUUGGACCUGAAGCGGUACCCCACCCCCUGUGUGCACCUGGUUGCCAAGGUCACUUACACCUUUACUUUCUGUUUGUUACUACGGCAACACCUGACCGAAAAGAAGGAGCUGGAGACGCUGAGGGAGGAGCCACUGGCUGAGGUGAAAGUGUCAGAGGCGGAAGGUUCCAGGACGGCGGCUGUGAUGGAGGUCCUGGGCUCGCUGAUCAAAGGGACGCUGGUCAAGUACUGGAUCUACUUCUGCUGUUCCAUGUUCUUCGUUGUCAGCUUCUCCGGGAAAGUGGUGGUCUACAAAAUCCUCUACAUCAUGCUGUUCCUCUUCUGCAUAGCCCUGUAUCAGGUGCGUUAUGACCUGUGGCGACGGGUGCUGAAGUAUUUCUGGAUCGUUGUGGUGGCCUAUUCCACGGCCGUUCUGAUCAUCAUCUACAUUUACCAGUUUAAAACAGUCUCCGGGCUCUUCCGACAGACCCUUGGCAUGUCUGAGGAGGGGUUGAGGGAUCUGGGUCUGGAGCAGUAUGACACAGUGGAGCUGUUUGCCCGGAUCCUGCUGCCCUCCUCCUUCCUGCUCGCCUGCAUUCUCCAACUGCACUACUUCAACAGCGACUUCCUGACCCUGACCGACCUGAGCAGCAUCCCCGUCCGAGAGGGGCCCUGCAGGUCCACGAGCAUUGAAGACACAAUGAAAGUGAACGUGUGUGUGAUCGCAACAAGGUUCGGCACAGAACAGCUGAGUGGCCGGAGUGAAGACACUCUGGACCAGAUGGGACUGUCUGAGCUGGACGGGCCGGGGGACACCAGCGGAGAGGUUUCUGAAGAGGACAUUCUCACCAAGUGGGUGCAGGUGGUGGACAGGGUGACCCUGCUGGUGCUGAAGGCUUUGAGGAUGCUGCACAGAGCGCAGGUGAUAGUGUGGAGAUGCCUGGAGCUGCACAUCAUCAAGAUCAUCUCCACCGCCAUCAUCUGGAUCACGCUUACAGAGGUCUCCCUGAUGAAUUACCUCUUCAUGGUCUUGUGGACGUUCGCGCUGCCCUUCCCGAGGCUCCGCCCCCUCGCAUCCAGCAUCUCCACAGUGUGGGCCUGUGUCAUGAUUGUCUGUAAGAUGAUGUACCAGCUGAAGUUCCUCCGGCCGCACGAGUACUCCUCCAACUGCACCGCAAAGCUGCUGCCUGUGAACUGGAGCCACACUCAGACAAACCUGGAAGAGCUGCUGAGGAAGUCUGUGCUGUACACGGCGCCUGUGGACCCUGCAGAAUGGUGUGGGGCGCUGAGGAAGUGUGCAGACAGCAGCCUGCCCUGCCUGCGGAAUCACCUCGCUAUCUUGGCCCUGCUGGCAUUCGAGGUGACCGUGCACCGCCACCAGCUCUACUACCGGCUCCACAACGCUCUGAAACCGCCCGUAAUGGAUAGCCUGUUUGAAGGCAUCACUCGGCAGCACCUGGACGACGGGGCGGUCAGCUGCAUGAAAUACUUCAUCAACUACUUCUUCUACAAGUUUGGACUGGAGGUGUGCUCCGUGGUGGCAGUGAACGUGAUCGGACAGCGGAUGGAUUUCUAUGCCAUGCUCCACUCCUUCGCCUUGAUCGCCGUGCUCUCCAGACGCAGGAGGAAGUCCAUCGCUGAGAUCUGGCCCAAAUACUGCUGCUUCACUGCCAGCCUCAUGACCUUCCAGUACCUGCUGUGCGUCGGCAUCCCUCCUGCACUCUGCACAGAUUACCCCUGGAGGACCGGCAGCACACCCCUGAACUCCAACCUGAUUAAAUGGCUCUACCUGCCAGACUUCGCCAGGAGGCCAAACCCCAUCUUUUUAAUAUAUGACCACAUGCUGCUGCUGUGCGCCUCUCUGCAGUGGCAGGUCUUCGAGGACGAGAACACGACGGCCGUCCGCCUCCUGGCCGGCGACAACGUGGAGAUCAGCCGCAGCCUGGACCCCCGGACCCUCAGCCAGUACAUCCCUGUCCCGGACUUCAUACACUGCAGGUCUUAUCUUGACAUUGUCAAGAUGUUCGUGUUCAGCUACUUCUUCUGGUUUGUGCUGAGCCUGAUCUUCAUCACGGGCACCACACGGAUCAACAUCUUCUGCAUGGGCUACCUGAUCUCCUGCUUCUACUUCAUGCUGUUCGGAGGAAGCCUGCUGCUCAAGCCGGUCCGACACAUCCUGAAGCUGUGGGACCUUCUCAUCGGCUACACGGUCCUGGUCAUCGCCAUGAAGAACAUCCUGUCUCUGGGAGCCUGUGCCUAUCUGCACAUCUUGCUGAAGAACAGCUGCUGGUUCAUCCAGACGUUCAGUAUGGUCUGCACUGUAAAAGAGUAUGACGUCCCCUCCCCCGAUGAUGAGUGUGAGCUCCCGGAGGGCGAGGCAGGGAUCGUCUGGGACGCUAUCUGCUUCACCUUCCUCCUGGCCCAGAGGAGGGUCUUCGUCAGCUACUACUUCCUUUACAUAGUGGCUGAUCUGAAGACCUCCAAGAUCCUAGCUUCCAGGGGUGCCGAGCUGUUUGAGGCCAAGGUGAAGAAGGGGAUUGCAGCGAGGCUGGAGCUGGAGAAGAAAUCCAUGGAACUGCUGAAGAAACAGAUGGAGAAGAUUAAAAUGAAACAGAGGAAGAUUGAGGACGGGAAAGCCAUCGCUCCAGCACAGGGGGUCCUGCCGGAGCGGGAGGAGGUGGCUCAGCGAGACAGGGAGUCACAGACUCAGGGUGACAGUGAAAAGGGGGACCAGAGUGAUAAGAAGAAAUGGUGGCAGCCAUGGGUGAACCACACCACCAUGAUCCGCAGCGGCAGCUACUACCUCUUUGAGAGCGACAGCGAGGAUGACGAAGAUGAACAGGAAGAGAAGGAGGAAGAAGCCCCCAAAAAGAAAACAAGCUUGCAGCUGGCUUACGAAGCCUGGUCCACCAGCUCCAAAGCUGCUCUGAAGGUCAGGAAAGAAGAAGAGUCGGCUCUGAGGAAAGAGCAAAAGAGAAAAGCAAAACUGGAGCGGCAGCAGCAACAAGGCAUGGAGUCAGCGGAGUUAAGCGAAGAUGAGCUCGAUCAAACCACUGAUGAUGACGAGGUCGUGGAAGAGGAAGAGAAUGUGAUCCAGCGUAUCAUAGACACAGUGAAGUUUGCCUGGGUCUUCAUUCUGUCUCUCACUGACGACCUGAUUGAGGGGCUGAACUCCUUCUGUAAAGACUACCUGGACAUCGCCAAAGUGUUACGAUUCGAGCGAGCCAUGCUGGGGCAACAACUGAAAAAAGGGAAACAGGCAUCCCAGGCCACUAUCCAGGCGUUUUACAGGGCCAGGUUAUCGCAGCAGGCUACUCUAGAGUCACCUGCUGAGGAGGAACAGGUGACCUCCGCACUAUCUUCCCGGGGGUACCAGAAAGUGUCCAGCUCCGACUCCAAGCUCUCCUGGGGAAGCAGUGAAUCCAGCUGCCUGAUGGAAGUGACCACCCUGGUCUCACGGCAGCCCCCCCAGGAUGACCUGGAGGAGCCCCCUGCCCCUCCUGACAUGCCCCCACCCAGGGCCAGCGACCCCCUCUGCAGAAAGCUCCUCAAGACCGCGAACUUCGACAUGUCCUCCAUUGACAGCGACAGUGUGGUUUUAUGCAGCCACACAGGCAUGACUUAUGAAGACGAGGAGGAUGAGGAGGAUGAGGAGGACGCGGAGAGGCUUCAGGACCGGAUCAAGUACCUGGAUCCCUUCCCUGCCUCGUUGGAUGGACUGGGACCAUGCCCAGUGCGGGGGGAGUCCCUGGACAAGAUCGACCUGGAGAGUCCGAGGCCGCUCACGCAGGACACACGCACCCUGACCGCCAGUGAGCUGCUGCUCAACAAGAUGUUCCAGGAUGAAGGGAUGGGGCAGUCGGAAAGGUUCUUCCAGGACCUGCCUCGGCCGCUCAGGGUGCUCCUGGCCCUCUACAACACCAUGGUGUGCAAGUCCGAGAUGCUGAGCUACUUCGUCAUCAUCCUGAACCACAUGGUGUCGGCCUGCAUCCUGUCACUGGUGCUGCCCAUCCUCAUCUUCCUCUGGGCCAUGCUGUCCGUGCCCCGCCCCACCAAGCGCUUCUGGAUGACAGCCAUUAUCUACACCGAGAUCAUCGUGUUUGUGAAGUACCUCUUUCAGUUCGGGUUCUUCCCCUGGACCACCACUGCCUACAGAGGGAUCAACGCGGACCGGCCCUUCGCUCUCCCGAACAUCGUCGGGGUGGAGAAGAAGGACGGCUACGUGAUCUUUGACCUGGUGCAGCUGCUCGCCUUGUUCUUCCACAGGUCCAUUCUGAAGUGUCAUGGCCUGUGGGACAAUAAGGAGGUUGACAUACCGGACUUUCUCAAAAAGUUAAAGCGGAAGAAACAGAAGAGACGAGAGCCUUCCAAGGAUGAAGACAAGGGCAGAGACGGCACUUCACCCUUCGUCUACCUCCAGGGCUCCACAGGACUGGGCUUCAGGAGGCGUAAGAGAGAGGGAGACCACACAGAGGGGAAAGAGCCUCCCAAAAGAAAAAAGUCUCUGAAAAACAGAUCCACAACCAGAAAGGGAAUAAUCAGGGAAAAGAUCAAGAAGAUGAUGCUGGAGGCUAAAUCCAAGUCUAUAGAAAUAGCUCUCCAGGUCUACCUGCCGGUACGACAGUUCUUCUAUGACAUCAUCCACCCUGAAUACAGCCCGGUGUGUGACGUCUACGCCCUCAUGUUCCUCGUCGAUGUCAUUAACUUCAUUAUCAUCAUUUUCGGAUACUGGGCGUUUGGGAAGUACGGCGCGGCGGCAGACAUCACAGAGUCCCUGUCGGAGGACCAGGUCCCCGAAGCCUUCCUGGUCAUGCUGCUCAUCCAGUUCGGCACCAUGAUAGUGGACCGGGCUCUGUACCUGCGCAAGACGCUGCUCGGGAAGUGCGUCUUCCAGGUGGUGCUGGUCUUCGGGAUCCACUUCUGGAUGUUCUUCAUCCUGCCGGGGGUCACAGAGAGGAGGUUCAACCAGAACCAAGUGGCCCAGCUCUGGUACUUUGUCAAGUGCUUGUAUUUUGGCCUCUCUGCCUACCAGAUCAAAUGUGGCUACCCAAACCGGGUCCUCGGCAACUUCCUGACCAAGAGUUACAACUACAUGAACCUGUUCCUCUUUCAGGGAUUCCGCAUGGUCCCCUUCCUCACGGAGCUGCGAGCUGUCAUGGACUGGGUGUGGACGGACACAACGCUCAGUCUGUCCAGCUGGAUCUGUGUGGAGGACAUCUACGCCAACAUCUUCAUUCUCAGGUGCUGGAGAGAGUCUGAGAAGAAAUACCCGCAGCCCUCCGGCCAGAAGAAGAAGAUGAUUGUGAAGUAUGGGAUGGGCGGCCUGAUCAUCUUCUCCCUCAUCUCCAUCAUCUGGUUCCCCCUUCUCUUCAUGUCGCUGGUCAAGUCUGUGGCCGGAGUCACGAACCAGCCCUUGGACGUCUCCAUUCAGCUCAGCAUUGGGGGUUACGAGCCUUUAUUUACAAUGAGCGCCCAGCAGCAAAACCUGGCCCCUUAUUCUCAAUCUGCAUUCAACCAAAUGAUCAACCUGUUUGCAACCAAUCCAUCUGCCAUGCAGUUUAUAGUGAACUACAUGCCGGAGGAUAUCGUCACUGCCAAAAUCAAAACCGAUGCCAGCUUGCUGUGGAGCAUUAGCCCAGCCAGCCGAGAGGCAAUGAUUGAAGAGCUGAGCAAUUCAUCUCAAAUCUACAUCACCCUGCAAUGGACUAUACUCAGGAACGUCUCUCUCGUCAUGAACGCCGAGACGGUUGGGAAGCACACAGUGAGGUACGAAGACAAAGAGAUGAUGGAUCAGAUCGUUCAGAUGCUAAGAGGGAGCAGGAAGGAGCCAGUGAUUAUCAAGUCUCUCUUGCCCAAAUACAUAAGAGCUCCCUCUGGCCCUGAAGCAAAGAUUAUCAAUCGUCUCUAUGUAGUCCACUCUAACAGGACAGGCAGCUCCUUCAGACCCCUCGCUAUAAAACUUCAGCAGGUCAACGUCAGCCUCUCCUCGGAGCUGGCCCUGGAGUGGUGGGUGGUGCGCGAGUGCCGGGAGGGCAGCGAGAGGGCGGGCCCCAGCUGUGACCACAUCGAGCUGGUCAUCUUCAACGACAAGGUCAGCCCUUCCAGCCUGGGCUUCCUCGCAGGAUACGGCAUCGUGGGCCUCUACAUGUCGGUGGUGCUGGUGAUCGGGAAGUUCGUGCGCGAGUUCUUCAACGGGAUCUCGCGCUCCAUCAUGUUCGAGGAGCUGCCCUGCGUGGACCGCGUGCUCAAGCUGUGCACCGACAUCUUCGUGGUGCGGGAGACCGGAGAGUUGGAGCUGGAGGAGCAGCUCUUCUGCAAGCUCAUCUUCCUGUACCGCUCCCCCGAGACCAUGAUCAAGAUGACCCGCGAGAAGGAGGAGGGAGGGAGAGACAGAGCCAGCUAGGGAAUCGGAGAGGCAACUGCAAACUGGGUUUGAACAUGCUGCUUAGCAGUGAUGUCGGGAUAUUACUCUGCGAUGGAUCAGCAACUCAUUAUAAUAAGACAGAGUAGUGUAACACUCGCGAUCUUCAUCGAGGAAACAGUGCAAACGAACAGAAGAGUCGACACGAGAGAACAAUUAUCAGCAAGGAGACGGCGCUGUUCUAGAUGUAAACACAGGACCGUGCAUGCUGCUCCUUACGCCCUUCAUUCCAUUUCAAUCAAAGAACCGGAAUAUCGGACGCCAGCCCCAGAACUCCACCUCCUUGCCCUCGCAUUACCUGCAGCACUGCCACUGAAACUCCCACACUUCAGACCGGCUGUCUGCUUCAUCUCUCCUCUAAACCAAGCCAUGGGCCCCUGUCGGCUCAACACUAUAGUUUCUGUGGGUUACACACUGCAAGCAUGUGCAGUGUUUCAAUAUCCAGACACGAGUCCUUUUUGUCAAAUCUUCUGCAUUUCUAACACAGUGAAUAGCCUGCACCAGGGAGUAUGUCUAAGUAUUUAAACAGAAUGUUAAUAGUGUGCUGUAUUCAUGCAGAGAUCGCAGUGUUAGUAUUAUUAUUUUAUUAUUAUUAUUUAUUUCUUAGCAGACGCCCUUAUCCAGGGCGACUUACAAUUGUUACAAGAUAUCACAUUAUACAUUAUUUCACAUUAUACAGAUAUCACAUUAUUUUACAACAGCAGUGUCCCCCACUGGGGAUUGAACCCACAACCCUCCGGUCAAGAGUCCAGAGCCCUAACCAUUACUCCACACUGCUGCACUGCUGAAGCUCCAUACUAUCACAACGCUGGCUGCUCAGUGUUAGUAUGGAGCUUCCAUGUACAUGUUUACACUCUGCAAACCUUUUUUUUUUUAAAGCUCGUAAAUAUUUUGAGAAUUUUUUUUUUUUCAUUGUUAUUAUUACUAUUAUUGUUUUGUUGCCUAGCAUUUGAGAAGAGCAGGGAUUGUAAGUUACAAAGCCAGCUUUAGAAACUUCUUUGUGGGGUUGGCAAUCCACUGCACAUCGUGAGAACCAGCACAGGAAAUGCGUGGUGAGAGUUUAAAUGACAUUCUGCAUUAGCAGAACGGAGCCCGUGCUUGCAUGCCUCAUUCUUAACAAUGUAGUUCAUUUAUGGUGUGCGUCACUCAACUGUCACAGGAAUAAAAUGGCAGUGAGACUAUCUGUUGUUUGUUUAUCUGUUAGACAUAUAUAUGUACGAAUAGCAGACGUGUAUUUUAGAAAUAUGAAUGUUCACCAUUUCAGAGAAUGCACAGGUUCCCUAUUGUUUUGUAUUAUUGUAAAAGGCCACAACCCCUAUUAGGACAACCACAUGUUACCUUAGUUAAGAUGAAUGCUAAUCCGAGUCUGUCAAAACUAACCUACAGUGAAGCCAGAAGAGCCGCAAGGAGUCCUUUAAGCCAGUGGUACUGUUUGGGCUUUUCUAUGAGACUUAAAAUAACCACCAGGUGCCGCUAAAGAGUCAAAUCCAAUAUUGACACACACUCACAAGCAAGGGACACAUGUUUGUGUGAAAGCUUAUGUAAAAAUAAUCACAAAAAAUAAAACCACUUCACCUUUUUGAACAUUUCUUUAGAGUUCACUAUAUUGAUCCGUACCCUGCAUAUCAAGGAAACGUGCAGCCAGGCGCUGUGGUUCAGCCCUUUAACUGCGUUGGAUCUUAAAUAGCAUGUGCUGAAUAACAUGUAGAGGAGCCCUGCACUGGAGAGAUAGAUUCCACCGUGUCACUUAUCAGGCUCCAUGUGCUGCCAGCUUGGGAAACUGUGUGAGUUGCAAUUCAUAUAAAAAAAAAAACACAUGCAUGGUUUUCCUGCAUUUUAAAAUACACGACUCAAUUACUUAUCAUCCCUUUGUGGUUACUGUCAGUCUCACAAACCUGACGGUAAUACACUGUUGGUGUGUAUAAUCUAUCGUAACUGGCUUCUGGUUUUACACACAGGCACCUGGAGUUCAGACCAUGGUUUUUCUAUGAGGCUUGUGUGGGAGACUCUUUUAAACACAUUAGCAAUGACUUAGUUUGACGUUACCGAUUUAUGGACAGUAUCAACAUAAACACUUUUUCCUGUGUGCUCUGACUCGAGUAGUUUUCCUUUUUUUUGUUGUUUUAGUUUGAGUUUUGUUACCUUGGCUACAGCAGAGCUUGGGAGUUUAUAACCUCCCACUGCUGCAAGUAAUUACAGGAGCAAUUCUAUUUGUCUGGGUCGCAGAGGGGGAGAAAGCUUGUGUCAGUAAUACACCUGAAACUAACUUUGGCAGAUCUAUAAAAACUGCCUGUCACAAAACUCUUCUUUGCUAUACAAUGGAAUGCAUGGGAGGACGCAUUCUAUAGAACAGGCCUACUUGUAUUGUCGUAAACUAAUACCAAGGAAUGAUAUUUUGGUGUGAAAUGAAAAUGUUUUUUUGGGACACUAGCAGCACUGAAAGACCUAAGUGGUUCCUACAAUUACAGUAGAAAGUAUUUAGGAUUAUUUGUAAUAUUCAUAAUCAAAAAAUAAUCUAAGGUUUAUUUGACAUUUAAAAGCUUUUUUUUAAUGUUGUUAUAAAAGUUGUAUUUAAAAAUGUGAAACCAUGU